AUGAACUCAUACGGAAACAACGGUUACUCCAACGGCAUGAAUGGCGGUAUGAAUGGCGGUAUGAACAAUGGCAUGAACAAUGGCAUGAACAAUGGCAUGAACAAUGGCAUGAACAAUGGCAUGGGCGGUGGUAUGGGCGGCGGCAUGGACAGUGGCAUGAGCGGAGGCAUGAACAACAGCUACGGUAACCGAGGCGGCCGCGACAACUACAACAACGGCGGCAGCUACGGCAGCUCCAACAUGAACAGCGGUUCGUGCGGCCACAGCUCGCACGGCAGCUACGACAACCACGACUCCCACUCCAGCCGCCCGUCGAACCGCCGCCGGUCCAGCUCUCGGUCCAGCCGUUCGUCCAGCCGGUCGUCCCACAGCCGUAGGCGCCGCGACUCGGACAAGAAGUCGGGCGGCUCCGGCUUCUUCGGCUUGGGGGGCAGCAGCGACGACAAGAAGGACAAAAAGGAAAAGACCUUCAAGGACAAGAUCUCGGACAGCAUCAUUGACGGUGCGGCCAAGAUGGCAAAGGAAAAGUGGUAA